GGUAGAGCGCUCGCUUAGCAUGCGAGAGGUAGCGGGAUCGAUGCCCGCAUCCUCCAACUCACUUUUUAACUCUAUUGUUAAAUUCUAAUUUUUACCAACUUCUAACUACAAGUCUUAAUUACUGUGUAAUUUGCCAACAUGUAAAGGACUUGGCUAUUUUUAUUUGUGUUUUUCUUAAACUAGCGUAAAGUGUAAAAUACAUACUUUCUAAACGAAAUGUGGAGCUCAUAUGUAAUAGACUCAAAUUAUCGUUGGUGAAAUGUAAUGUUAGUUUAACUGCACUGAGACUGUGGUGGCUGCAGAACAGCCCUGGACUUCAGGAGCCCCGUGUGCUCCAACAGGCGGUGACGAGGAGCCGUGUAACAUGAGUCCAGAUGAAAACUGUGCUGAAACUGGCUGCCAGUGCAGAUGCUGGUCAAAGGAGAGAGAGAGAGGAGGUGCAUGAUGCUCGCUGUCCCACUGCUGCUCCUCUUCAUCGUUACGUCUCUGCCAUGUGGCUCCGCAGUUUACGAGGGGCCCCUCCAGGCGGAGAUCUCCAAUGGCACUUUCCAUCACUUCUUUGUUCCCGACGGAUACUACGACGAGACCGAAGAUCCGGAGAAGUGUCAGAUGCUGUUUAAGUUCUCGGACGUGUAUCCGUGCGGAGCCUCAGAGGAGCGAGACUCAGUGGUGCGGGACGACUUCAUCAUCACCAAGUUGCAGGCGGAGGACGCGGCGCGGCUGCUGGAAGGCAUCGGCCGUGCCGUGGAGCAUGACCUGGACGGAGAGGACAGCUACGGCAAGUUCCUCCAGCGGGAGAUCUCCCAGAUCGGAGAGGCUUUCACCAGUGUGGAUAAGUCUCUGCUGGAGCUAGAAGUGAAAUUCAAAGAAAGUCAAGAGACGGAGCUGAGAGAGGAGCAGCAGCUCAACGGCUAUGUGUUGAAACAAGUGAGUGACAUCAGGGACGCGCUGCGAGAUACGACAGACAUCUCCCAGGGCCUGAAGGAUAAACACGAGCUGCUGUCUCUUAUUAUCCGCAGUCAUGGCACCAGACUGAGCCGCCUCAAGACCGAGUAUCUCAACUUUGGCUCCUAAGGGUUUUAGUGCAUUAUUUGUGCGUAAUUGUGCGUAUGGGUGUGUGUUUUGUGUGUAAAAGAGAAAGAAAGACCCUCCAGUUCAAUCAACAACUGGGUAGAUUAUUGUGGCCUUUAUACUUAAUAACCCUGAGUGCCUUUUUGAAUACCAAUGACCUUUGGGUUGAUCCCACUCUCCUAGCACAGUGUGCCAGAAAAAGUAGCUCUAACAAAAACAUCGGCACAUUCCUCGGAAUCAGGAAGGGAAAAGAAAACUGUGAACAUAAAUUACUUCUGCAAGGAACCAGGACCUGGAACCCCCUGGGCCCCAGAGGAAGGCUUCUAUUCAGCAGACAGUAUGGAAAUAAAAGGCUCAGGGUCCUGGAGCCAACUCUCUGUCAGUAUUUAGAAUUAUAACGUCUUUACUCUUAAGCUAAUAUGAUCAAAUAAAUAUGUUUUACUUGAUGUUGUAAAUUUGUUUUUCCUCAUCAAAUUUUCUCAGAAAUAUUUAAUGCUUGGAGACUUUGGGCUGAGUUAGAGUGGAAUGCCUAAGGAGAUGAUGGGUAAAUAAAUAACACAACAAAACGUUAUCAAUGUCAACAGAUGAAUUACAAAAAAGCCAUAAACAGUUUUUCAUUUUAUUAAAAAUAUUUACAUUCCCCCCUUUUUUUCAUAAAGGUUUGUUACCCCUGUGUAAAAGCAAUACAAACCAAAUGUUUAAGCCUCUUUAACAAGUCAAAAAACAGGACAAAAAGACAAAAACUGUAAAAAAAAAAUUGAGUUUUAGUGGAAAAAUUACCCUUGAGGUUCCACAACUGUGUUGGUACUAUUCAACAGUUCAACUAUAGCUGUAGCAUGUGGAGAUAGAGUCGGUCUUUUCUCAAGAAUUCUAUCAUUUCUUUCCAGCCCAAAUUGCACACAAACUAAAUUCUUUGGCUUUGUAGACAAAUACUUUGUUUCCUUGGCCGCCUGGCCUGCAGUCCAGAUAUUAACCCGUCAAACAUGUCUGGCAUCAUAUUAAAAAUGUAAUUUUUCCUACAGAGAUGAAGAUCAGAAUUUAUUAACAGUACAACAUGACUCUUUGUUUUGUUGUGUCUUUAUUUUAACAUAUUUAUUGUACAGUAAAGUUAUUUAUUAAAUUUUUAAUCUAAAGCCCGCCACCGUUGUCUUUGCAGGGUCUUCAUAUUUACUAUCUAUUCAGAUUAGUGUGGAUUAUGUUGUCAGAAAGCUUUGGCUGAGGUCAUUUUACUCUAAGACUUCAGAGUGACACACAGCUUGUUAACAAGUCUAUAAAAAUCUUUGUGCUGACAUAAGAAACAUCUUGCCCUAAAUAGACUGUUUAUUGAAGGAAAGUAGUUUUGAAUUCCUCUGAGAAAUUAACUGUGACCUUCAGGGUCACGCACACACUGACACAAAACACCCAACACACGGUUUUCAUUUGUGUUUUAUGCCUGUGGUAGUCAUCUUUAUUUUUUUCUUCUUUAACUACUGUUUUAAGAACAUUUUUUUCUUUCUAGUCACUGUCUGCAUUAACCACAGAACACUGUGCAUGCCAACUUUUUACAGAGAUAAUGUCUGUGCAGAUGCAGAGCCAGAUUGGCAGUCAUGGGCACAACUGGGUGUGAUUUCCUCUGUCUGGUUUUCCUCACAGUCCAGUUUCCCCUAAGGGACCCCCUUUUAAAAACACAGCUCCGUGCAGAGACUAGCACAACGUCGACCUCCACAGUAUGGACAAACCCCAUAUGUUUUUAUGCUUCUUCAUUUCCAGAGGCACUGCAUGGGGCCCAGGUGAUUUGAAGAGAGCACUUGGUAUUAAGUAAAGGCAGAUCAGAGCCAGAGCUUUUUGAUCACUGAGAACCACCAGUGUAAACAACUCCACCUUUUCUGCAGGUGAAAUAUUUUUUUUAUUUUUAGUAGGAUCUUUGUGUUAGUCUUGUUAUUGAAAGAUUAUAAUCUCUGACAUAUUUUAAGAACAAACAAAGAAAGGUCAGGCAUGCAGGCCAGAUUUGACCUGAGAACACAGUGAUCCAUAUCAUUGUGAAGCACAACGCCCUAGACCCGAAUGCCUGAGCAAUUAGAGCUGUUCAGCUACAAAUACUCUUUUUUUUUAGCCAAUCACUGCACUGAUUCAUUUUGUGAUUUAAUCAUAAUCUGAUUUUAGGAUUCCUCAAUUUAAUCUUAUAUUCUAACUUUAAAAAAGAAAUAUCAUACAUAUAUUUCCCAUACGUGUCUGGCUCCAGACUUUAUCUUAUGAUGCUCUGGUGUGAACACUGGUGUUCAUUUUACUCAGGGUGUUGUGUAGACCAGCGGUUUUGUGUAAAGUUAGUAGGUUAUUAAGGUAGAUUAAGCUAAUGACAAAGACCCACUUUGUUAUUACAAGUUCUUAAAAGAAUUACUCUGCCUUCAAUACAGCAAGAUACUUUCACCUGUAGGUAUGUUUUCCAAUCCUGACCUUACUUUUUCCUUCUUUCUUAAACAAAGUAAUUAUUGUAAAAACCCAAACAAAUAUUUACAUUUGUUUAAUCGCCUUUUGAAAAUGCAUGUCAAUAGACUUUGCACGUUUACAUUUUUGGGGAGGGGAAAUAAUGCAGAAAAACCAUACCAGAGAUCUUCAAAAACCACAGAUAUGAUUGGAACAUAAAUUAUAUACCAUAAAUAUUUAACUUCUUGUAAUGAUUUUUAGAAAGUAAUCAUGGCUCAGACUGGUUGCUGUAGGACUUCUGUUGAAAGCACUAAUGAGGAUGUGCAGUGGUUGUUGUCAAUGUGUGUGUAUGAUGAUGUUUUAAAAAAUAAGUUUCAUUUGUCA